UCCCCUUCAGCACACUCCCAAAGAAAAGGAGCUGGGACUCGUCCCCUCGCAGAGCGUUAGCGUUAGUGUUUUCCCCCGGCCAAGAGGGUAGAAGGUUCCUCCUGUGCAUUAUGGAGACUAGCAGCCAAUCCAGUAGUCAACAGAUUCUCUGGAAAGAUGUUGAGGCGGGCAAAGAGAAAAGAGCUAAGUACCAGACCUUCCAGCGGGCGGCUCUGGUUCUGGCGCUGGUCUUCCUGGUCUUGGCUCUCUGCGUUUUCAGCCUGAGGUACCUGUGGAGCCCCGGCCCAGGGAAGGUGUACGAUCAUCAGUACAAAGCGGUGUUGGACGGCGUGGAGACAGACAGCGUGAUGGAGAUUGACCCCGGCCGGCGCAUCGAGCUCUUCCGAAUGGGGAACGGAAGCGAGGAGGUGCUCGAGGUGCACGACUUCAAACACGGAAUCACUGGUAUCCGGUUUGCCCAACAUCAGAGGUGCUACAUCAGGACCCAGACUAGGAAACUACCCAGCGUGGCAGAGGUGGACACUGAGCUGCUGCAGGUGGACGAGGCGGAGGCCGUGGACGCGAAGGUGGACGAGUCCCAAGUGUGGGUUCCCGCUGAGGAGCCGAUCGUUAACCCGGCCUUCCUCCUCGACUCCAAGAUCUGGGAGAUUUGCCAGGAGCUGCCCAUCCACUGGAUGCAUCCCUCCCCCCUGAGCGACGCGGAGGCGGACGGCGUGGACGCGGACGGCGUGGACGCGCCCGGCGCAGAGGCCGCGGGUCAGCGCUUCGCCCGCGACGUCCUGGACCACGCUCCCGUCAACGACUACAGAGACGUGGGCCUGGAGCUGGACAACCGCCUGGACGACCACGGCUACUGCUGCCAGCACUGCCGCCGCGGCUACCGCUACUGCCGCCGCUACUACGAGCCCCUGGGCGGCUUCAACCCGUGGCCCUACUACUACCAGGGAGGGCGGGUCAUCUGCCAGAUCGUGAUGCCGUGCAACUGGUGGAUCGCGCGCAUGCUGGGGAGGAUCUGAGGCGUCCGGGUCCGGGACCGGGUCUGGGACCGGGUCCGGGACCGCAGCACCUUGUUGCAGGUGCUAAUUCUCCUUUUGAUAAAUAUCCCAGGCUACUUGGGAGACCAUAGCAGUCCAUUGCACACAGUAAUUAUCCAAUCUGAAAGUUGGCCCAUUGAGUAUGAAUCACUCUAAACAGUCUAAAUGGCAUUUGAAGCGUUUAAAAGGCUUUGAUCUUUUCCAGCUGUCUAAUUUUCUCCGCUUAUCCACCUAUUCGCCCUCCUUGUUCUUAGACGCCGCUGAAUGAGCGCCAUUCACUAAACUAACUGCUCUUCUCUUGUGAUGCAUUGGCGGUGCUUUUAAUAGGCUCAAAGACGCUGUCACAUUUACUGUAAUACAUAUGCGCUCGCAGCAUAGCAACACCUGACUCGUUUAGCAUUAACAUUAUUAGAACGGCAAAGACACACUUGCCUAAGUCAUUGCAACACAAUAGAAUGAAAUAUAUAAACCCAGACACAAUCAGAACACGAGCUGCAGCCUUUUCUUUUCAUUUAAAUCAAGUCAAAAAUACAUAAAACUGCUAAAAUGUCAAUGGAGACGCAGAAGAAGUUGCUGAAGGCGUCUGGACUUUCCUGAAUGUCUCUAUGUAUUAUGUCAAUUCCUUUCUUUGUGUUUUUUGGCAUCAUAAACACAGUAUAAUUAAAGAUGCACAGACCUCAGCUGUCUUUUGUGAUGUACUUACUGUUGUGUUAUCCUCCGCGGCUCGCGCUGCUGUUGCAAUGCGCAGGAUGCUUUAAAUAGUGCCACUGUUCAAACACUUGCUUCUUUGCAGAGGCGAUUCUAAUCUGUGGCGCCGCAUCUCAAUCUGUCGUGCCGAAACAACUCUCAUCUGCAGCUAACAGAUAAGUACGCGGGAUAGGCAUUUGUAAUUGAUGUUCUGUCGUCAGAAUAACAAGGUGCAUAAACACCCGAGAGUAUUGGAGCUAUGUGAGAUUUUCAGAAGUUAAACAGAAAGAGAAAAAUGGAGCAGUCUUGUUGUCCUAGUUUGCCUUGAAGUCUUGCGUACGUUUCUAUUUCCUGUUUUGCCUUUUUUUAUUAAGAUUUAUUGAAUAUCCUCAGUUGUACUAACAUAUAAGAGAAGGUGAUUCUUUGAAAGAAACUUAACGCCCGAAGGUGUUUGUGUGAAAGCUGGUUUGAUUGCGUCUCCUUCAUUACGUGGAACAAACAGAUCUCCGUCUCUUUCCUCCAUUAGUCCCGCUGCUCAUUAUUAGAAACGCUUUGCAAGAAAUUAAAAAUCUAAGCAUAUAUACUCUUAUUCUGUUUAAUAACCUGAUGCAUAACAAUGCUUUGUUUACAGUGAAAUAAAAAUACCUUUCCGUACAUUG